GCUUUACAUAGAUAUCACGAGAUUUAACUACACAAUUGCAUAAGGAAACUCUAUAUUUAAAAUGGCGAUAAAUGUUAAAAACACAUAACAAUCUGGAUUGUAAUGUACAAAGCAUUCCAGAAAAAAAGUUUCUGUGAUCCAUAACAUCAGCCUUAUACAUGACAACAAACAUUUGGACCUAGACUGAUAGUUAAACAGUUACGUAAACGUCGUAUCAAGGAGAAACGAAAACAAAUUACACAUUCGAACAUUAACAGCACAGAAAAUAAAUACAAAAUGCCAAGAAGAAAAAGAUCAGCUCCAGCUCGAAGACGCCGGUCUCCAAGUUUUGUGCCUGCCAGAGCCCAACCAGCAGCACCAGCCCAUCCCCCUGCAACACAGCCAAGACAACCAGGAUUAAUGGCACAAAUGGCUACCACAGCAGCUGGAGUGGCUGUUGGCUCUGCUGUGGGCCAUACACUGGAUGCAGCUAUGACUGGUGGCAGUGGUGGUGAAACCCUCCCAACAUACCAGGAACCAGCUUACCAACAGACACAACUGCAGCCAUGUCAGAUGGAGUUCAGACAAUUCAUCGAAUGUACUCAGACACAGAAUGACAUUUCAAUGUGCCAAGGUUUUAACGAAGUUUUAAAAGAAUGCAAGCUUAAAUUUGGUGUACAUUUAUAAAGGUCAGUUGUUAGAUCCGAGCAUAACUGUGGUGAAAAGAGAAUUACCAUCAACAUGAUCAAGAUCAGAAUUUGUUUAUUACCUUCUGUGUGCCUUUUAAUUGUCGGAUAAUUUUCCAAAAAUUUUGGAAUCUUUAUUCUUUUACAUUUUAACUCUUGUAAUUUUCAUUUUCUAAUAAAAUCAUCAUCUUGGGAAAACAUGCACAUAUAACCGACGAACUAUCAUGGUUUACGUUUACAAAAUGUGACUUGGAUGGAAAGUUAUCUCAUUGGCACUCAUACCACAUCUUCUUAUAUCUACAUAAGUAUAUAUUAAGUUUUGAAUUAAAUACUUUACCUGUCGAAUUUAGAAUGCAGUUUAAUGGUCAGUUGUUGAAAUACAUGGUUGUCUCGUGCAAAAGUUUAAGAGGUAAUUGAGAUUGCAUGCAUGUGAAUUUUCUCCGCUGUUAUAUGUGUUUAUAAAUAAAAAUGUUGUUAUAAGGGUCAUUUUCCAGUAAAAAUGUAAAUGAAGUAAAUUUCAAAGAACUAUUACGUCAUUGAAAGCAACACAUUUGAAUACAUAUGAGUAUUUCAUUUUAUCAAUUGUAGUCAUAUUUGUAAUUAAAUAACUGCAAUACCUAAUUUAGACCACUUUAUGUCAAAUGGUAAUGUGACUUGGCUAUUUGUUUUUUUUUUUAAUGUAACUGAGUGAAUAUCUUUUAUUUGAAUUUCUACAUGUAUUUUAUUUAUUUGUUGUGUCAGUCUUUUUACAAAUAAUUAAACCUAAACAAUAGAAAUCGACAUUUAUUAUCACAUACUAUUGUUUUAUUUCAACAUCAUGUUUUUCGUCGUGUAAUAUAACAAGUUGAAAUGCUGCAAAAAUUGAUUUUCAUGUCAUACAUCAUAUCCAUUGUCUUCCAUAUUAUUGAUUCGAUGUUCUCUCAUGCUAGAUAAAGACAUUGAAAAGUGUACCCUUGCUUGAGAUAUAUGUUCUUAUAUUUUAACAGUUUUAAAAUCUGAAUGUUUUCCUCCCAUUUGUUUACCUAACUAGAAGUUAGAAUAAUUUUUAGCCUGGUUAUUGAACAAACAUCUUCACGUACUCAUGGUUUUUAAAUACUUGAACCUUUUCUAUAUAAAACAGUGAGAUCGGUGUAUCAAAUAUUUAUCCCAAUAUUAUUUUGUUUUCUGUGCGGCAUGUAAUUUAUGAUUUUUUAAGUUGUGAAUGAACAGAUCAGGCCUGAUCGAUAUUUAGCAAAUUAUACCAAAUACACCGCUGUAAGGUUUGUUUUUAACUUUGAAAAAAGUUUUAGGAUUUAUCUUGAAGGUGUCGCUGAAACUUUUGGACGAAUGACUUCUCGAUUACAUCGCUAAUCCUUUGCUUUGUUUUGGACUAUUUUUUUCAACCUCGCGAAGUAAUUUAGUGUUGUGAAUUGAUAAACGAAAUAAUAUUUUUUAUCUUUCCAUUGGAGACGUUAUUUCAAAGAAUAAAAAUUCUACAACUUCAAUGUGCUUAAUGUUAGAAAUAACUUUUUUGGAAAAUCAAGACAAGCGCUUUCGACGCAUGAAAUUAAUAACGUGUUGUUUUCUUUUUUUUUUAAUCUUCAUACAAAGUAAAAAUGAACGAAUGACAUUUGGAAGAAAAUAUAUUUUUGUAUACAAGAUGCCCUUAUACCAUGACUUGUCAUAAAACUAUUUUUUUGAAGAAAUUUUAAUAAACAUAAGUUUUGAAAUUUAAUGCCCCAUCAGUUACAGUAGAAAUAAAAAGUAGCCUGUAUGUUGUUAAGUCUGUGCUUCCGUUAAAGUAAUAUUUGGUAGUGUUGGCUUGUAGCAGUUUUAUAAACUUAUUUAUCUUUCCGUCGUCAUACAUUUUUGCCAUUGCGUUGUCAGUUUCACUUUGGCUUAUGAAUUACUACAAAUUAAAACAAAACAAAAAAUAAGUAAAUAAACCAACAAAACAAAACAACCUGUAAAGGUGAUAUUUGUCUCUGAUGAAACAAAAUCAAAUGUCCCACUAUAGUUUAGAUUUCAAUGCAAUAUCGACUUAUUCCAUUCUCAAUUUUAUUAUGUAUAUUUAUGUCAGAGCACAUAAUAAUCGUGGGAGUAUUCGACGAUAUCGGUCAUUGGCCCUUCUGUAUCAGGACACUUUCAAAAGCAAAUAAAUGGUAAAAUCACGUAUUACCGUGCGUCAAUUCUUACGUCUGUAUGACUUUAAGUUCCAGAUAAUUAUGGUCUUGGAUUCAUCGCUUCACUCGAUAGUAGCUGUGUAUUGUUAUAGAAAUAACAUGUAUAUGUAUUAAAUGAGCAGCCAAUUACAUAUCGUAUGUGUCUCAGUAUUUAUACAUCCUGAACAGCUAAACAUAUUGUGCUGUCUUUGAUAGAUGUUAAGAAACUCAAUAUCGUAUAUACAGAACGGAAAGGAAAGUUUGCAUCAAAUAAUAUAACACUUAGAUGACUAAUGGUGAUUUGUAUAAACAAAGUUCUUUAAUGUCGACUUGACUAGUUGUUAGCAAUUGCUUGCUAUUAUCUUCAAAACUAUACAAGCAAGGGUCACACUGUUAAUAACAACACAGAUCAGCAUGACAAGAUCUACGCAUAUGUCAGCUUGGCGAAAUCCUAAGGCGUUUUAGGAGUAUUUGACUUAAAUUAUAAUUUAUUUUGCAUAUUUAAGUGUUUUUCCUGAUACAUUGCAUUUUAAAAACUACAAUAAACUAAAAUUUUGAACAACAAAAAUUAUCAACAAGGUCUAAAAAGUAAGUAAAUAUAAUUGAACUCGCCUAUCAAAUGUAAUCAGUUUAUUCUUAUCAUAACCUCUUUUUCAUUUUUUUCCAAUUUUUUGAAGACUUUAAACAUGAUAAAAGACAGACAAAAACUAUGAAAAUGUGACCUUUAAAAAAUUGUAAUACAAAAUACAAUCAUAUUGAAACAUUUAUGAUCUAUUUAAUAACAAAAAACUGAAGAAUCAAAAUCGUAAAAUUACAUGCGUUUAAAUGUCCACUGAUGGAUAUAUUAUUUGUAUUUUAUUAUGGGAAAUCAAAACUUUAGCACAACUAUUAUACUGUAGAUAUGUGGUUUGAACAAUACUAUGUUUUUGAAAAUAUGAAAUGAAUCAAACAUGUCAAAACUGAAAAACAAACUUGAAAUACUGUCUGAAUGAUAGUAUUGAUUUAAAAAACCUGUAAAUAAAUUAUAUGAAUUUGAUCUAUCAAUCAAUGAAAAUUGUAUUUAAAAAAAAAGAUAUACCAUAAUCACUAAGGAAACGCAUAAAUAGUUUAUGAGAAAAGCGUGAACGUGUAUUAUUUUUCAUUAGAAUAAAGAGAUUUGUGGGGAAAAAAGAAUAUUUUGACAAUGUAUCAUAUAAAUACAAGUUUGUCACCAAAUAUUUGUAAAACUCACCAAAGCAAAGGUGGAAUGAUUGUUCGUUUAUUUGAAUGUAACAUAUACAUUUGCAAAAAGGGAAUACAAACGGAAUCCUUGAGUUGGUAAGUAACUUAUUUGGAUAAACAACUCAAAAUAAAACCUGUAAAUAAUA